UUUGAGGCUGAUUUGGACAGGGAGGAUCAAGCCAGCAAGACUGGCUGUGGCAUCCUGGGAUUGGGGUCUGUCACUGGCCUUUGGGACUUUGCCUCAGAGUGGUGUCCGGAGCUGUAUGAGGAAGGCUGAGGGCUACCAGGGUCUGUGCCCACUGCUAGGCCAUCCUCAGUGGGCGCCAUAGGGUCUCAUGCCUGCCUCACACUGGCACUGUGGUGGGAUUUCUCCACAGUCUCCACACAAGUGGCUGUGCUCUGUGCAGCAUCUGUGGCCAAAAGCUCACCCACAGAUCACAGGAAAGAGUUGAAUCCUAUUCCCCAUGGGACACCAGGGUGGCUACCCCACCAGUCCCUCUCAUACCACCCAGGGACUCGUAGCAGUGAACUGUCUAGAGGUCUCUGCUUAGCGACCGGGUGGUGGCAGACACAUAUCUGGUCUCUAGAGGUGUAAAGAGGCUCCUCAGACCACCGCAAGGAAGCCGUGCCUGCCAGCCCCCAUCUCGCUGCCUUGUCUGCCUGUCUGUCUGCCUGUCUGUCUGCCUGUCUCUGUGUUAGGUUUCUGAAGGAAUAGAACUGAUGAAUGAAUAUAUGUACAUGUAUAGUGAACAUGUAAUAUGUAUCACGCACACAUGCCGAUAGCUACAGACACGGUGGCCGCUCAGCAGAGUGGCUUAUGGUCUGUGCUCUGGGUACUUCUCAGAGGUUGUCUUCAGUUGCUCAGGCCUUGAAGCCGGAUGUCCCAGCAGUCCCGAUCGGUGCUGGAGUCCUGUAGGAUUCCCAGGGGAUGCUGGCCUUUGGUCUGCACUGGACUCCUGAAGAGCAGGCUUCUGACACCAGCGAGGGAGAGCCUCGGCAGCAAGGCGGAUGAACCUGCCAGCGAGAGUGAGGGCAGGCAGGCAAAAGCAAAAGCAUACUCCUUCCAUGCCCUCUUAAGUGGGCUGCCACCGGGAAGGAGUGGCGCAGGUUUAGGGGGUUCCCGGCACGAGACUCCCCUGCAGGUGUGCCCAGUGGCUUGGGUGAGUUGAUUCUAGCUGUAAAGCUGGCGACCAAGAUCACCCAAUCAGGCUCUGUCUCUGUGUGUGUGUGUCUCUGUCUCUGUCUCUGCCCUUUGCCUUUGUGUCUAUGUCUCCAUCUCUCUUCUGAUGCCAGAGGCCCACAUCUGCCUCCCUGUGGUCAAAACUCCCAGAGGUGAGCUUCCCCGCCCCCUCCUGCCAGCUGUGCUCACGUGAUCUGCUUGUCUGAACCCCAUUUGUCACACACAUCUGGCAUUGUGGUGGCUGCCUGUUAUCUCUCACUAGCAGAUGGGCAUCACCAUCCAUUGAGUGAGCAUUUACUGAACACUUGGUGUUUGUGUGUCCUGCACACACUGCCCCCUGAAUGCCCAUGGAGGGGCCUACCCUCAUGUCUGUCGCCCUGUCCACAGAAGGUUGGACCAGGGGAUUCUAUCAGAGCCUCUGGCUGUGGCCCUGGGCUUGUCACCUGCUUCUACCUUCUCCCUCAUCUCCCCAGGCCAUGGAUGGCCUCGAAUUCCACAGACCAAGAAGGAGCCAGACCUGAGCCAAGCCUCGCCACAGGGCAGAAAGGACAUGAAGAGUGGCUUAAGUGAGGCCCCUGAGCUGGGGACAUCUCCCUGUGGCCCUCAGAGGGAGGCAGGGCAGCGAGAAUCAGGGACCUAGAGGCCCUGUGCCCUGCCCUCCACAGGGGAGAUCUGGGUGUGGCACCAGCCCCACCCGCUUGGGUGUGGAGUCUGCCUUGCAGGUGGCAGGAUUCACAUUGGCUUCAGGACACAGUUUUCCACAGUUUGUUCCUGUGGAUACCCGACUCUUAUGCUACCUCUGUGCUCCAUGUGGACACGUUCCCUACCAUGGUGUGAAUCAGGAGUCAACAGAAAACCUACCUCUGCUUGGACCCAGAGCUAGGAACUAAGCACAGGCCUGAGUUUCCUGGCCGAAGAAGCAAAAAGAGAAAUGAGAUGUGUCACGUGACUCAUCCAUACAGGAGGAGAGUCUGCGGAUGACUUCCCGAGUUCUCGCUCUCCACUCAGGAAGCCAGGCAGGAGGACGGAGGUUUUAGGUGUUCCUGGGCUAUAUCCUGAGAGUCUGUCUCAAAGCAACAAAAGAGAAGCAGAAGAAACCAAAUGUUGUCUGCCAUUCAGUCUGUCCCUUCCUGUGGGUAGGAGUCUCCUGUGCACUUGCAUCUUGAAAGUCGCCUCUGAUGUCGGCCAUCUUCUGCUCUUCGUCCCUCUGCUGUGAGCUGUGGGAACCCUUCCCACAGCAUACAUGUCCCACAGUGCUGCGUAACUUUGACCCUUGGGGCUCCAGUAGCUGCUGACUGGACCCAGCACAGCACACACUGGUCAUUUUAGGAUCCCACAGAGUGUCUUGAGUGCCUGACAGUCCCUGGAGCCCUGCCUUCCUUUGCAGCCGGCCCCAGCCCUCGGCCUCCUACUUCUACAAGGGAAGGGCCCGUGUACUCCUGCUCAGCCUUCCAUCUCCAGGUGGCAUGGAGCCCUCCCCAUAGGCUCUGAUAGCCCUGCUCGGUGACCGGAACAGCUCCACAGUCCCCUGUGGGAAUACCCACCCUGGGCAUGCAGGACCCCUCGUGCCUCGAGGACCUCUCCAAUGCCUCUGUCUUCUCUUCGUCUGUGGAUUCCCUGUCAGACAUCCCAGACACGCCUGGCUUCGUGCCUGCCGACAGCCUCAACGAGGUGCCUACCAUCUGGGACGUCAGCACCACCUCAACUACCCAUGACAAGCUGUUCAUACCUAGCGGGCCGUUCUCAGCUCCCGAAGACCCGGUGACUUCGCUCUCCAGCACUCCACUUCUCAUCAGCUAUCAGUCACACAGCCAGCCUGAGGAGGAGGAAGGGGAGGAAGAGGAGGAGACUGAGGAACUGGGCCAUGCUGAGACCUAUGCCGACUAUGUACCAUCCAAGUCCAAGAUUGGAAAGCAACACCCAGACCGUGUGGUGGAGACCAGCACACUGUCCAGCGUCCCACCCCCGGACAUUACCUACACCCUAGCACUACCCACCUCAGACAACGGUACCCUGUCUGCCCUACAGUUGGAAGCCAUCACCUAUGCCUGCCAGCAACACGAGGUCCUGCUGCCCAGUGGGCAGCGUGCUGGUUUUCUGAUUGGGGAUGGGGCCGGCGUAGGCAAGGGCCGCACAGUGGCUGGCAUCAUAGUGGAGAACUACCUGCGGGGCCGGAAGAAGGCUUUGUGGUUCAGUGCCUCCAAUGACCUCAAGUAUGAUGCGGAACGGGACCUGAGAGACAUUGAGGCCCCAGGCAUUGCGGUGCAUGCACUGAGCAAGAUCAAGUAUGGUGACAACACUACCUCAGAGGGUGUCCUCUUUGCCACCUACUCUGCCCUGAUUGGAGAAAGCCAGGCAGGUGGGCAGCAUCGCACACGCCUACGCCAGAUCCUGCAGUGGUGUGGUGAAGGCUUCGAUGGUGUGAUUGUGUUUGACGAGUGCCACAAAGCCAAGAAUGCCAGUUCCACUAAGAUGGGCAAGGCCGUGCUGGACCUGCAGAGCAAACUGCCCCAGGCUAGGGUGGUGUACGCCAGCGCCACAGGUGCCUCUGAGCCCCGAAACAUGAUAUACAUGAGCCGGCUGGGCAUCUGGGGUGAGGGCACACCCUUCCGGACCUUUGAGGAGUUCCUGCAUGCCAUUGAGAAGAGGGGCGUGGGUGCUAUGGAGAUUGUGGCGAUGGACAUGAAGGUCAGCGGCAUGUACAUCGCUCGCCAGCUCAGCUUCUCAGGGGUCACCUUCCGAAUUGAGGAGAUCCCGCUGUCCCCCGCCUUCCAGCAGGUCUAUAACCGGGCAGCCCGGCUGUGGGCCGAGGCCCUGAACGUGUUCCAGCAGGCGGCUGACUGGAUUGGCCUGGAGUCUCGCAAGUCCCUGUGGGGUCAGUUCUGGUCAGCGCACCAGCGUUUCUUUAAGUACCUGUGCAUUGCAGCCAAAGUGCACCGGCUAGUGGAGCUGGCACAGCAGGAGCUGAGCAGGGACAAGUGUGUGGUCAUCGGGCUACAGUCCACAGGGGAGGCGCGGACUCGAGAGGUGCUGGAUGAGAACGAGGGCCGCCUGGACUGCUUCGUCUCCGCAGCAGAAGGCGUCUUCCUGUCCCUGAUCCAGAAGCACUUCCCUUCCACCAGGAGGAGGCGUGACCGGGGAGGAGGAAAGAGGAAACGCCGGCCUCGGGGUCGCGGUCCCAAGGCUUCUAGACUGGCACUGGAAGCAGCAGGAGUUAUCCGUAUUAGUGACGGCAGCAGCACAGAGUCAGAUGCUGGCCUGGAUAGCGACUUCAAUUCAUCCCCAGAGUCCCUGGUAGACGAUGAUGUGGUCAUUGUAGAUGCCCCCACACUCCCCACAGAUGACCGAGGUUCCCUGUACCCACUUCAGAGAGACCUGCAGGGCCCUGGUGUCCUGGAACGGGUGGAACGGCUAAAACAGGGUCUGCUGGCCAAGGUGCGAGCGCUGGGCCGGGAGCUGCCAGUGAACACGUUGGACCAACUCAUCCACCAACUUGGGGGUCCUGAGUGUGUAGCCGAGAUGACCGGCAGGAAAGGCCGAGUGGUAUCGAGGCCCGAUGGGACAGUGGUGUUUGAGUCCAGAGCAGAGCAGGGCCUGUCCAUCGACCAUGUGAACCUCAGGGAGAAGCAGCGCUUCAUGAGCGGCGAGAAGCUCGUGGCUAUUAUCUCUGAGGCCUCCAGCUCUGGUGUCUCCCUCCAAGCUGACCGUCGAGUCCAGAACCAGCGGCGCCGGGUACACAUGACCCUGGAGCUGCCUUGGAGUGCAGACCGUGCCAUUCAGCAGUUUGGCCGCACCCACAGAUCCAACCAGGUCUCAGCACCCGAGUACGUCUUCCUUAUCUCGGAACUGGCAGGGGAGCGCAGGUUCGCCUCCAUUGUGGCCAAGCGGCUAGAGAGUCUGGGUGCCCUGACCCACGGAGAUCGCCGCGCCACCGAGUCCCGAGACCUGAGCAAGUACAACUUUGAGAACAAGUAUGGCGCCCGCGCGCUCAGCCGUGUCCUUGCUACGAUCAUGGGCCAGACGGACAACAGGGUGCCCCUGCCCCAGGGCUAUCCAGGAGGGGAUACCGCUUUCUUUCGGGACAUGAAGCAGGGCCUGCUGUCUGUGGGCAUCGGCAGCCGGGAGUCACGCUCAGGCUGCUUGGAUGUGGAGAAGGACUGCUCCAUCACCAAGUUCCUGAACCGCAUCCUUGGGCUGGAGGUGCAUAAGCAGAACGCUCUGUUCCAGUAUUUCUCCGACACCUUUGACCACCUCAUCGAGAUAGACAAGAAGGAGGGCAGAUAUGACAUGGGCAUCCUGGACCUGGCCCCUGGCAUCAACGAGAUACAUGAAGAAAGCCAGCAGGUGUUCCUGGCACCUGGGCACCCACAGGAUGGGCAGGUGGUCUUCUACAAGCAGAUUAGCGUGGACCGCGGUAUGAAGUGGGAAGAGGCAUUCACUAGGUCGCUGGAGCUCAAAGGCCCCUAUGAUGGCUUCUACCUCUCCUACAAGGUACGAGGCAGCAAGACGAGCUGCAUCCUGGCAGAACAGAAUCGCGGCGAGUAUUUCACAGUGUACAAACCAAACAUUGGCAGGCAGAGCCAGCUAGAGACCCUGGACAGCCUGUGUCGGAAGUUCCACCGGGUCACUGUGGAAGAGGCCCGGGAACCUUGGGAAAGCAGCUAUGCCCUGUCCUUGGAGCACUGCAGCCACACCACCUGGAACCAGCGCUGCCGAUUGACACAGGAGGGCAAGUGCUGCGCCCAGGGCCUGCGCCUCCGCCACCACUACAUGCUGUGUGGGGCGCUGCUGCGCGUGUGGGGCCGCAUCGCCGCUGUCAUGGCGGAUGUCAGCAGUAGCAGCUACCUACAGAUCGUGCGCCUCAAGACCAAGGACAAGAAGAAGCAAGUGGGCAUCAAGAUCCCCGAGGGAUGCGUUCACCGCGUACUGCAGGAACUGCAGCUAAUGGAUGCAGAAGUAAAGCGCCGCAGCACCCACGGGUUGGCGGCGUGCCCGCCCACUCCACGCGCAAUUACGCUUCCUUGCGGUCCUGGUGAGGUGCUGGACUUGACCUACAGUCCCCCAGCUGAGGCUUUCCCAACGCCUCCGCGCUUCACCUUCCCUUCGCUGCCGCCCCCAGACCCCAGCUCUCUGAUGCUGGGUGCUAGAGACCCUGCUACCAACCCUGUGGAGCUGGCACACCAGAGCUGCGACAUCAAUUUCAGGGAAGUGUUGGAAGACAUGCUCCGCUCUUUGCGCGCGGGACCCACCGAAACCCCUGCACCUCUGGUGGGCGUGGGUGGCGUGGGCACAGAGCGGCAGAGCGUCAUCCACUUCAGCCCACACUUCCCAAACUCUUAGGCUGCUACUUCAGCCUCUGGAUUACAACUGUACUGGGCAGCAAGGCCUACGGGCUCCUCUGCAAGCAGAGGUCCCCAUGACUACUGAGGGUGCCUGGCCACAGUGCCUUCCCCAGCCAGUGGAGAGUGGGGCCUCUGUGCCUCCUGCUACAGCCACGCGCGCAGCCUAGAAGCCGUGGGGCUUGGUUGUCCCAGAAAGCUGGUAACUCAGGAAAUCGGUGCUCGGGGCCCCGCUGGCUAUGGGGGCUCCACGGGGCAGACCCCGUUAAUAUAUGCAAUCCCCUGCCCCCUAAAUUAUUGUCACCCGCCCCUCCCCAGCUCCGGAAUCUGUGGGCAGCCGGCGGGCCCUGGUUUCUAUGUAUUUAUAAUGAA